AUGGCUGUAUAUCCAAGCCAGAUGUUCAACCGGACCGCACGUGUGCCUUCACCUUACCCAGAUUCAAGUUUUGCUUCGUUCAUCAACGUGCCAGAUGUCUAUCGCCUAUAUCCAGAGUUCCCCGUGGACAGAGCGACGAUGGACCCAGUAUUCCCGCCUCUGCAGCACGGUGUGACGCCCCCAAGCGUGCCACCAAAACAGGAGAAGUGUUACGACUUUUGUGACCAAACACUUAAAUUUGUUGAUGGAGAAGAUGAUUUGGACUUUUUGUAUGAAGGCUUCAAAUCUCUCAGAGCUCAGAUGUCCUGUGGUCACGCUGUGACCCCGACCUCUCUCACCAACUGGUGUCGCAGAUUGUUGGAUCAGGGUGAAAGCAGGUUUGUGUGUGGUGGGUCUGGUUGUAGUGCUGAGUGGACUUUUGCAGAGGUUUGUAAAAUGGCUCUUCUGGACCCUCAAGAAAUGGAGUACUUUCAAAAAACCAUGGAAUUCAACGCUGCCAGGCAGACACUUACUACUAAGUUGUGUCCUGGAUGUGGAUUCGCUGUGACGAGAGAGAAUGGGUCAGAUUUGAAUGUCCUCUGUGAAGUGUGCACAGCAGUAGCAGGACGGCCGUUUGAAUUCUGCUGGCAGUGUUUGAGGGAGUGGAAGGGUGCACGGCCUCGAAAGGACUGCUGUGACAAUGGUGGCUGCUGCAACCCAUCACUAGAAACAUUAGAAAAAUGCCCAGAUAUCACAUUGUGUCAGUAUGAGUAUGAGGAUGACGAUGAGGAUGAGGAUGGUAAUGAAGCUGAGAAUGAAGAAGCUGGCAUGAGAAUCAGCACCUCCAAGUCUGAGGCAAUGGUUCGCAGCUGGAAAUGUGUGGAGCUCCCAUCAGCACCACUAGUCAGGGACGAGCUGCUGGAGUCGAGGACUUCAAGUCUCCUGGGGAGUUGUUCACGAGUGAUGGGGGAGUGGAGCAAGAGAUUAACAGGCAGUUUGGUGUUUUACUUGUUUGGUGUGGAGAAGAGAGCUAAGCGUAAAAGUGAAGCGGAUAAUUUACACGUUCUUCCCCUCACUGUGACGGUCACGAGCUGUGGGUAG